UGCAUUUCCAAUUUUUUUAGUUACCAGUGUAAUUAUCUCUUAAUUUCGUUCUUCGAUAUUUCUAAUUUUUUUCAUUAUAUAUAUACCUAUUAUUAACAACACUGAUGAUGGUAUUUCGAAACAGGAAUAUAUGGACAGGGAGGUGGCACUCCUCCCUGGACAGAAUCUAUUUUCUUGGGUCAAAAAGAAUGCCUCCUAUUCUCAGUGCCUCCCAUUUUCUCUUUGCCUGCCAUUCUCUUUGCCUCCCAUUCUCUUUGCUUCCUAUUCUCAGUGUCUCCCAUUCUCUCUGUGCCCCUCAUUCUUAGUGCCUCCCACCCUCAGUGCCCCUCAUUCUCAGUGCCUCCCAUUCUCAGUGCCUCCCAUUCACAGUGCCUCCCAUUCUCAGUGCCUCCCAUUCACAGUGCCUCCCAUUCACAGUGCCUCCCAUUCACAGUGCCUCCCAUUCUCAGUGCCUCCCACCCUCAGUGCCCCUCAUUCUUAGUGACUCCCACCCUCAGUGCCCCUCAUUCUCAGUGCCUCCCAUUCACAGUGCCUUCCAUUCUCAAUGCCUUCCAUUCUCAGUGCUUCCCACUCUCAGUGUCCCAGGCGUGAUGCUUAGAAAUCAGAAAAUAAUAAAGUAACGUAAAUUGAUCUUUAAUUGACAUUCCACUGAGGCGGAGACGAUAAGAGAUCGUGUCAUAUGCAGCAAAGACUCGGAAGUAGAAGGUAACAGAAUUACAGUUAGAUACUGGAGAAGCCAUGUCAUACGCAGCAGCGACAGGAGCCAUUAGCAACUAAGCAAUGUUCCUUCUUUCUUAUGUAACCCAUAAAUUCUAGAUGAAACGUGGCAACGUUUCGACCCAUCCAGAACCAUUAUCAUGUAAAUAUUAAAUACAUUUACCUAAUAUAGCCUUGAAGCUCACGCACGAGGCAUUAGAUAUUUGUUCUUUGGUAUUUCCAGUAAUGUACAGGAGGCUUCGAAAGUGGGCGUGUGUUACUCUGGGUGUGGGGACUAUCUCCUGGACCCUCCUUGUCUUACUCCACCUCCAGGGGCACCUCCAAAGACACAGCAACCACCUCCAGCACCCCCCACUCCUCCAAGGUUUAAGAUGGAUAGAGGAUGUGAAAGAUGCUAAGGAUGAGGUACUGAAGAACGCGAAACAGGAGGAGUUGGAGGACGCAAUGCAGGAGACGCUAAGGAACAAUAUGAAGGAAGAGGUGCCGAAGAACGUAAAGCAAGUGGUGGUGAAGAACAUGAAACAGGUGCUAAAGAACAUGGAGCAGGUGGUGGUGAAGGACGCAAAGCAGGAGGUAUUGAAGAAUAAGAAGCAAGAGGUGAUGACUUCGCAGGACGUGAGAGAAAAGAGUAACAUCACUGAGGGCGUGAAGGAGGUGUUGACUUCGCGGAGUCAAAGAGAGGAGACUAACAUUGUUGAGAGCCACAAUGAUGUCGCCUCCACCAUUAGCAUUCCUGGUCUGGGACAUUCCCCUAAAGACUAUCUCUUUUAUGACGAGGUGAGUAAUCCAGAAGCAGUAAAUCCGUAAGGAUGGUUUUAACGACUUGAUCUAGCGAUGUUUUAACGACUUAGUCUGGUGGGAUUUAAGAGCUGGUAAUAGACACGUAAACAAGCAC